AUGAAAUCGUAUUUUUUCCACCUCCUACUAAUAUGUGCGUCAUUAAGUUAUAAAUGGAUUACAAUGAGGAAGGACUUUGAUCUGAUGCUGAGUGAAAAAUCAAGAAAUGUAGUCUCAAGCUAUGACAGCAUAAGAAGAAGAUCAGUUACCCAAAAGUUAAAGUUAUCUACAAAUACUUAUGAUGACGGUGCUCUAGAAGAUGCCAAAAAUUUUAGGAACGAUCCAACGACACCAGUCAAACAAAAUGCCACUCUACUUAUGCUUGUACGUAAUUGGGAAGUCCAAGGUGCAUUGCAAUCAAUGAGAUCGUUGGAAGAUAGGUUUAAUAAAGAGUAUAAUUAUGAUUGGACCUUCUUAAAUGAUGUACCUUUUGAUAAGGUGUUCAUCGAGGCUACUACUGCAAUGGCGAGCGGUAAGACGAAUUAUGCUGUCAUACCUAAAGAAGACUGGGACUGUCCAGAGUGGAUAGAUCAGAAAAGGUUUAAUCAAAGCUUGCAAUUAAUGCAAGAGGAAAAUAUAGUCUAUGGUAACUCUAGAUCUUACCGUAAUAUGUGCAAGUUUAACUCAGGAUACUUUUUCAGGCAAAAAGUGUUAGAUAACUAUGAUUAUUAUUUUAGAGUUGAGCCAAAUGUCGAGUAUUUCUGCGAUUUCCCAUAUGAUCCAUUUAAGAUUAUGAAAGAGAAGAAUAAAAAAUAUGGCUUUGUGAUAGCUAUUUAUGAAUAUGAAGACACUAUUCCUACUUUAUGGGAAAGCGUAGAGGAAUUCAUCGAUAUUAAAGGAGAUGAACUUGGCCUAGACCUUGAUAAUUCCGCGUAUGAUUUUAUCACAGAUUUUGAGAUUUAUGGAAGUAAUAAAUUUCUAAUAGAUUCCAACACUAAUUACAAUCUAUGUCAUUUUUGGUCCAACUUUGAGGUUGGCGAUUUAAAUUUUUAUAGAAGUAAUCGAUACAUCGAAUUUUUUGAAUUUUUAAAUGAAAAGGGUGGAUUCUAUUAUGAAAGAUGGGGGGAUGCACCUAUUCAUACACUGGCUGCUUCAAUCCUUCUUCAUAGAGAUGAAAUUAUUCAUUUCGAUGAGAUUGGCUACGAACACGCACCUUUUCGAACAUGUCCCAGAUCUUAUUUUAUGAGAUUGAGUCAACGUUGUCAAUGUGACUAUUCUGGUGAAAAUAACGUGGAUAUCGAAUUCAAUAGUUGCCUUUCACGAUGGUGGAAAAAUGGUAGUGGGAAGAAAUUUGUCAAAGAACUAUAA